GCGCAGGCGUUGCUACAACAGGGAUACGUUGUCACAGACAAUGCCCUCGAUGGUGGGACAUGUGAAAGGUUUAGACAAGAGAUCCAUGCUUUGAGGGUAUCUCAAAAGCUGCAUUUGAACAGCACUCAUCUUGUGAAAGCUGGGAAACGCGAUCUGCUGCAGAAACAAGGCAUCUAUGAAGCAGAAAUGGCAGACAAGGCUGUACAGGAAGCAGCACCGACUAUUGCAGCACUUCAGAGGGACAGGACGAUGCUCACAAUGCUGUCGUUGUUCCUUCCGCACUUAAGACUGCACUCACAGCUCAUUAAGCUGCAGUACAAUGCAGGAAGUUCUGGCUGCUUUCCUUUGCACUAUGACAGCGACGAGUCAGUCGACGCCAGACGGGUCACAGCCAUCCUGUACCUUAAUCCUGGCUGGGAACCAGCGCAUGGCGGGGAGUUGCAACUAUUCCCUUGGCCACGCCCUCCAGUGACAAUUCCACCGCUUGAUAACCGUCUGGUCAUCUUUUCUACAUGCAGAAUGCUCCACAGGGUGCUGCCAUCCCUUGCUGAGCGAUUUUGCCUCACAACUUGGAUGUCGAUCAUGAACCCGGGGCCACCACCGACACCCAUCCAGCAUCUUGAAGCAGGCUCUUCUGAUAGAAGCCUUGAAAAUCUGGCUGCUCAGCCAGAGGUUCGGAGAGCACUGGCAAAAGUACAUCUGAAAGAUUCAUGGGCCCAGUCAUUGAUAGAAAGCCAUGCAGACAGCGAGGCAAGAACUUCGAUGCUUGCCACCUUCUGGAGAGAGGUAGAGCUCUUGCAGCAAAAAAUCAAAAUAUUGGGAUUGGAUGGGAUUGAAGUCUCAAAACUGAAGCACGCCCCUGUCCAAUGGUUUUGAUGCUCGCCAAGACUUUGUGUGGCAUUUUGCAAAUUCGUUCGAGUAGGUGCAGAUGCAGAUCUCAUAAUCUGUUGGCAACUAACUCGAGUAUGCAACCCAUGUAAACGUUUUCAAGAUGUC